AUGUCGUUGACCAACGCAAAGACAGGCUUUUCGGUGAAGGACAUUUUGGACCUCCCUGACACGAAUGAUGAGGAAGGAUCUAUCACUGGUACUGAGGAGGAUACGGAGGGAUCGGAGGCGACUAAAACACCAGGAGUGCUGGUGCAAAGUCCGCAUCAAAACCUACCGUUAAAGAACCCAUUUUAUGAUAACGCUGACAAUCCUUACACCAGAUGGCUCGCAACUACAGACAGCAUUCAAUACUCAUUGCACGGUCUGUCUGCCUCCUCUCAAGACUCAUCUGCGAAAUCUCCCGAGCCGUCCGCGGACGAGUCGCCCGACAACGACAAAGAAACUUCAAGCAGCGGCAGCGACUCUGGUAAGAAGCGCAAGCGGCGCGUGCUUUUCUCCAAAGCACAAACCUACGAGCUGGAGCGGCGUUUUCGGCAGCAGCGCUACCUUUCAGCACCUGAACGGGAGCACCUGGCCAGCCUGAUCCGCCUCACGCCCACUCAAGUGAAGAUCUGGUUCCAGAACCACCGUUACAAAAUGAAACGGGCGCGCGCCGAAAAAGGUAUGGAAGUCAGCCACCUACCGUCCCCUCGGCGUGUGGCCGUACCCGUGUUAGUCAGAGACGGCAAACCGUGCCACGCACUAAAAACUCAGGACCUGGCGGCUACGUUUCACGCGGGGAUCCCGUUUACAGCGUACAGCGCGCAGUCACUUCAGCACAUGCAGUAUAACGCGCAUUACAGUGCCGCCGCCACACCGCACUUCCCUACGGCGCACCACUUGGUGCAAACGCAGCAAUGGACCUGGUGAAGCCCUACUGACUAUUUUAAUAGAGAAGUGUUUCAAAGACCUAGUUAGGGAUUUUUCCCAAACGAAAAUGAAAGACUUUCGCAGCUUAACCAUCCUUGCCGUUUCAUUUUUGGGGCUGGUGUGUGCACAGUGUUUACAUUUGUUUUCGUUCUGGAAACCGGUUUCAGCCUCCUCUCCCCAAGAUCCGAGAUGUUAAAACUCUGGUGAAUUUUUUUUUUGUAAAAUAUGAUUGUGUGUUGUAGAAAUGUUUUCUUUUUUGUCCCUCGUGUCAUAAGCACGUACAAGACCACUUUAUAAUUAUAGAAGAUUUUAUUUCUUGCUUUUACAAUGGACCGAAAAUAUUUAUGGCCAUGAAUAAAACAUUGGCAACUUUUAGCUUAUUUUAUAUGGUUUAUUUUCUUUGUAAAUAUUUGUGGUAAUUGUAUGCAAUGCAAAUAUAUUUGGCCGCUAAUUAUAAAGACAUAGUGCGAUAUUUAGGGAAACAUGGAUGGAAAAUGCUAAAUGCGUUGAUUUAAAAAAAAAAAACGAAUUUUAAAAUAAGACUUUUAAUAAAAUGCUGUGUUUCAGA